AGAGUGCUGAAGAUAUUCCCAGUGAUGUCCAGCCAUCGCCUCUGGUGGGGUAGGCUUCACAAGGGAAUCUGCCUGAGCCAAGCAGUGCUGAACAGGCAGCCCUUAGAGCACACGCACCUCAGAGUCGGAGACCGGGCUGAACUCAGGAGGGCCUUCACAAAGAGGGAUGUGGCCACCUUCUCAGAAUUAACAGGGGAUGUCAAUCCUUUGCACUUAGACCAAGAUUUUGCAAAACACACCAGAUUUAGAAAGACAAUUGUCCAUGGAGUUUUGAUCAAUGGACUUAUUUCAGCUCUCCUUGGUACUAAAAUGCCAGGGCCAGGCUGUGUGUUUCUUUCCCAGGAAAUUAACUUUCCAGCUCCCUUAUAUGUUGGGGAAGUUGUUUUAGCUUCUGCAGAAGUGAAAAAGCUGAAGCGGUUCAUUGCCAUUAUUGCAGUAUCCUGUUCCGUACUAGAAAGUAAAAAGACUGUUAUGGAAGGCUGGGUUAAAGUUAUGGCCCCAGAAGCUCCCAAAUCCUGAAAUACGUCUUUAAAGAUAC